AUGUUGUUGUCCUCUUCAGUGGACUUUGGCAGAUAUGCCAUCCUGCAGCUGCGAAAUGAGGAUUUGCCUGACCUGAGAAAGCUGUAUGCGCAGUCGCGCGAAUUCUUUCAAUGUCCUUCCAAAUACAAGGAGACCUUCAAGUUCUUCCCCAUCCCUGGAGGUUACUUGACCCCUUAUCCUGGCACGUAUGAGGUGUUCGAGCUCCGGCGUGGUUUGCCCAAGUGUCCCCAAGAACUUCAGCAGGCAAGCAGAGAUGGAAACGACAAGUGA